GCAGCCCAGACCAGGAGCACCACCGCCAUCAUGAGAAACAGGGCCACUAUCUCCUUGAAGAAGCCGAAAGUCCGCCAAUCAUGGAGCAAAUAUAACCUCUACAGCCUGAGUACCCAGAGGGACCCCUUCUUCAGCGCCCGCACCUUCUUCCAGCAGAAAUGGACGGCCAAGUCUAUGCUUCGGGCCUAUCACGGUGAACAGGUCUCGGAGAAGCAAUGGCAGCGCAUGUUCUCCCCGCGCGCGCGCAGCGUCGUGCCCAUGAAUACCUUCAGUUUGGCCGAGGAUGACGGGUCCGCCAUGUCGGCCGGACGCGGUUCCGGUCUGGAAAAGCCCGCACAGACAGAAACGACGUCGGAGGACUCUAGAAAGCCAAGGUUGCACGGCAAAUGGAAGGAAGAGAGGAAUACGCCUUACACCCACAUGACCUUCGCCCCGCUGGAGCGUCGGCUCGAUACCGCUAUCUUUCGGGCUAUGUUUGCCAGCAGUGCCAGACAGGCUCGGCAGUUUGUGGUGCACGGUGCGGUUACGGUCAAUGGCAAGCCAAUGAGACACCCCGGCUACCUGCUCAACCCCGGCGAUAUGUUCCAGGUCGAUCCCGAGCGCGUCAUGUAUGCUACUGGUGCUCCCAAAGACAAGGUGGAGCGACGACAGGGCCGUGUGGCCCGCAAGAAGGCGUCUGAGGCCAGGGCUGCUGAAGAGGCUGCCGAGGAGGCUGCAGCUGCUGAGGAGGCCAAGGAGGAGGCCACGAAGGAGGAAGAUCCCACCAAGAAGGAAUCUCCCCGUGAAACCCUCAAGGCUCUUAUGGCCCAGGCCAAGGCCAUCAUGGCUAGCAGCAAGGACGCCCUCCCGGCCAAGCGCAAACAGCAGCUGCGUGGAUUCCAGAAGGCCGUUCGUCGAGUGCUGUCUCGCUCGGAAAACAGCACGGUUUUGACUGCCAACCUCGAGGAGCAGUUCUCCGAGCUGACCACUCUCCUCAAGGCCAAGCGCGCGGAGACGAAGCCUGCCAAAAAGGAGAAGAAGGAGGGACAGGAGGUGGAGGGGCAGAAGGCAGAGACGGUGGAAGCUGAGGCUAAGAACAAUGAGUCUUCUGCUGCGGAGUCUACCGAGAAGUCGGAGUCCGAGGAUGCGGCCCAGAAGAAGGACGAAAGCGGCGCCGUCACUACCCAGCUGUCUGAGGCGUUCCGUCAGGCCAUUGAGAACCCCGAAAAGGAGGUCGAUACAUCGGAACUUACGGACGAAGAGUUCGAGGUGCUGCGCCGGGCGCUCAUCCAGAUGCGCGACAACCCGAUCGAUAGCACCAAGCCCUAUGCCACCCCCUGGCGGCCGCGUGACUACAUGAGCGCAUUCGCCACGAUUCCCAGAUACUUGGAGGUGAACCACAACAUCUGCGCUGCGGUGUACUUGCGACACCCUGUGGCUCGUCCUGGAUUCGCUGAGGUGCCGUCGCCAUUCGGGGAACACUUGAUGACUCCGGCCUUCUUGUGGUACUUGAGACGGCGGUAGUGGCAUUCCCCGGGUGUUCUAAUCCCUUGUAUUCUCUAUUCUCUGUUUCUCCGUUCUGCGGGCAUAUUCCACAGUCUUCAUGUAUAACUGGGUGUUUCAUUAUCUGUUUUUGUUUUUCCCUUUACUUUUUCCCCCUCUUCUGCAUCCUCGGUGCCCAUCUGUAUUGUUCUCAUUAUUCAUUAUGAUUUGUUUGUUUGCCUGGCUGAGGAAAAGGGCAAAAGUCGAGUAAGGGUGUUGGAAGUAGAGGAGCCCACUGUACAUCAACAAGACGAAUAUACCAUUGCGUCAUCCUCU